GAGCUGAGGCCACGUGGUUCGGUGGAGAGGCGGGUGACGUCAGCGGUCACGUGGUAUGUGGGCGGGGAGGGUGGAGUCCAGCAUCGGGGUAAUGGCGGCGGUGAACGCGAUGUCUUCCUACACCUGCAUAACGUGCCGCGUGGCGUUCGCUGACACGGAGAUCCAGAGGUCGCAUUACAAGACGGACUGGCACAGGUACAACCUGAAGCGUAAGGUGGCGGACAUGCCGCCGGUGACGGCGGAGAACUUCCAGGAGCGGGUGCUGGCCCAGCGAGUGGCAGUGGAGGAGCAGAGCAAGGGGACGGCGACAGUAUGUGCCGCCUGUGACAAGAGGUUUGCCACCUACAAUGCCUACGGCAACCACUUGAAAUCGAAGAAGCACCUCGACGCGGAAAAGAAGGCUGCCGGCAUCGCCAGCAAGGAGCUGGAGAGGCUCAACACCAAAAAUCUGGAGAAGGGAUUGAGUGAGGAGAGGAUGGACAAGGACGCGAUGAAUCGAGCCAUCCAGCAGGCAGUGAAGGCCCAGCUUUCCCCCUCGGCCAAGAAGAGGACCCUUAACCCAACACCAGGCGACACUCAAGCAAAAGUAAGCAAGAAAAGGCCCGACAAACCACCCCGCUUACUUUGGCUGGAGCAGCAAGCCAAGAAAUUGGGAUCGGACGAAUCCUCGGAGGAUGAGGAGCAGGACGUGGUGAUGGAAGAGGAAGAUGCAGGCGAUGUUGAGUGGGAGGAUUUGGACACAGCCGAUGAGAUGGAAGAUGAAGCAGAAGAAGAAGAUGAGAGCAAAGCUGAAGGGCCGAGGGCAGACUCCCCGACUGCUGCCUUUCCAGUCACAGACUGCUUGUUCUGCUCACACCACUCGCGGACUGUGUUAAGAAAUAUAAAUCACAUGACCAAGUCCCACAGUUUCUUUAUACCUGACGUGGAAUUUCUAGUGGAUCUGCGGGGGCUGAUAAAAUAUCUGGGGGAAAAAGUUGCUGUGGGAAAUAUCUGCCUGUGGUGCAAUGAGAAGGGUCGGUCCUUUUACUCACUGGAAGCAGUGCAGGCUCACAUGGCUGACAGCAGUCAUUGUAAGCUGUUCACAGACGGAGAUGCUGCCGUUGAAUUUGCAGACUUUUAUGAUUUCAGUGAAAGUUAUCCCGAUCACAAUGGAGAAGAUGUUGAAAAGAAAACCACAGAGGUUCCUAGCAAGAAUCUGGAAUACAAUGAAGAAACAAUGGAGCUUGUACUUCCUUCUGGUGCAAGAAUUGGUCACCGGUCACUGAUGCGAUACUAUAGGCAACAUUUUGGCAUCUCUAGAGCAGUGGCUGUGACUGGAACUCAUCGUGUGAUGGGCAAAUUGCUACAGCAAUACAAAGCCCUGGGUUGGACAAGUGAGCUUGCUAAAGCAGCAUCGCAGAGAAAGGAGAAAGACAUGCAGUACGUGCAAAGAAUGAAAUCCAAGUGGAUGUUGAAGACAGGAAUGGCCAACAACAAAACAAAGCAGAUGCACUUUAGACAACAAAUUCUGUUUUAGAAACUGUGGACUGUAGUUCUCAGUGUGUACCUGGCAAUGAUGUAAACCAAAAAGCAACAUCAAUAACGGGGGACUGAUUUUCUUGCUGACUUUCAGUUGUAUUUUGGGUAGGAGGGUGGGGGUUCAUUUUGCUUCUCCAAAUGUCUCUUUCAGGUUAAUAUUAAAACAUUGGAAAUUGUAAAGCAUCAAAGCAUUGCCUUAAAACAUGAGUAUUGUACCACACGCUGCUUAAUGUAAUUAAACUUAAUUUUGCUCCAAAAUAAAUCUUCGGCAUUCCA